AUGGUAUAUCUGACUUCUGCACAUCUAAGACUACACACACACUCAAUAUCAAGCACUUUUACUGCAGCAAUUUGGAGAAAUUCAAUUAUAAAAGUCCUUAUUUUUACCUCCAAGUGGCACAUUUCACCAUAUUUGAGCUACUGUAAAAUAAUAUUGCUCAAUAUUUCAUGGCUAUGGAUGGUGUACUUGACUUCUACACAUCUAAGACUACACACACACUCAAUAUCAAGCACUUUUACUGCAGCAAUUUGGAGAAAUUCAACAAUAAAGGUACUUAUUUUUACCUCCAAGUGGCACAUUUCACCAUAUUUGAGCUACUGUAAAAUAAUAUUGCUCAAUAUUUCAUGGCUAUGGAUGGUGUACUUGACUUCUACACAUCUAAGACUACACACACACUCAAUAUCAAGCAUUUUUACUGUACCAAUUUGGAGAAAUCUAAGAACAAAUGUCCAUAUUUGUACCUCCAAGUGGCACAUUUCACCAUAUUUGAGCUACUGUAAAAUAAUAUUGCUCAAUAUUUCAUGGCUAUGGAUGGUGUACUUGACUUCUACACAUCUAAGACUACACACACACUCAAUAUCAAGCACUUUUACUGCAGCAAUUUGGAGAAAUUCAACAAUAAAGGUACUUAUUUUUACCUCCAAGUGGCACAUUUCACCAUAUUUGAGCUACUGUAAAAUAAUAUUGCUCAAUAUUUCAUGGCUAUGGAUGGUGUACUUGACUUCUACACAUCUAAGACUACACACACACUCAAUAUCAAGCAUUUUUACUGUAGCAAUUUGGAGAAAUCUAAGAACAAAUGUCCAUAUUUGUACCUCCAAGUGGCACAUUUCACCCUAUUUGAACUACUGUAAAAUAAUAUUGCUCAAUAUUUCAUGGCUAUGGAUGGUAUAUCUGACUUCUACACAUCUAACACUACACAUAUACUCAAUAUCAAGCACUUUUACUGCAGCAAUUUGGAGAAAUUCAACAAUAAAAGUCCAUAUGUGUACCUCCAAGUGGCAUAUUUGA